AUGCCCAUUGUCUUGCCUCCUAUCGGACCACUUUUUGAGUGUCCCACAGCAAUUUUGCUGUCGUACGAGAGCGAGGAGCAACGCGAGCAGCAUGAGGAAGACAUGGCGCGUUAUUUUGGUGUACCACUACCCGAUUUUAUCCGUCGGAAACAUCACAAUAGCGUUAAUGACGCUGUUAACUUGCGUACGCCCACAAGUGUCCAACCUACCAGCGGCUACCUCAAUACUUCACCUGUUAAGAAAGAGAGUGCAAAGCCAAAAAUGAUCUUACCGUUGUUUCAACUAAAUUCACCUACACAAGUGCACAAUACGAAUGAAAUGUCUGAAGAGGAGGAGAAACUACGCGUCAGUCGAGAGCGUAACCGAUUGCAUGCGCAACGCACGCGUAUUCGUAAACGUGAGCUUUUAGAGCGUUUAAAGGAGCGUAUUGAAGCUUUGCAAGAUGAGUAUGAACUAUUAAAACAAGCUUACGACUUCCAUGCUACAGCAGUAUGUCUCUUACGACUUGGAAACGUUCGAAAUGCCCCUUGUGUGCAAAAACUUGAGCUAGUGGGUAUGAACUCGACAGAAGAUCGAGACGAAGAUGGUCAACUAUGUGAGGCGAUAAAUCUCUCGCACGAGAGCGAUGGAGAUGUUGAGAUUGACGAGACGCAUGAGCAAGAGUUCAAUAUUAACGGCAAACGAUCGUAUAUGUCUACAAUGAGCAGCAAUUCAAUGGUCUGCUCAAAAGAAGAGCGUGAGCGUGUCCGACGCGAGCGCAAUCGAUUGCAUGCACGGAGAGCGCGUCUUCGCAAGAAAGUCGUGCUGGAAAGGAGCCAGCAGGCGGUUCAGGAUUUACGUGAACGAAACGAUCGCUUACGGAAUCGUUUAAAUGUACUUGUGUCUUCUAUUUACGGAUCGGAGGCCUGCGAUGAUGAUGUGAACGUCAUGUCAUGA